UGAAAAGCUCAGAGCAGUCUUUCGAAAACUGGGCUACCAUUAGUCCCCUUAGCAUCCUGUCGUGAUAUCAUUGUAUCUGAUCAAACGGAAGUGAUUGUUUCGUUUUUCUCCUUGAUUAACAAUGUUGGAGUGUGCAGCACCUGGAGUUGAGGAUGCUAACGUAUGGGGUCUCAUAAGUUUAAAGAAAGGUGAUAAAAAAGCCCAAAGGAAAAUUCUGAAUGAGUUCCACAGACACAACAAGGUGUUGAAUGAAACUGAUGAGAUUCAGGACGCAAGACAAGCCAGAAGGAUAGCUUUCAGAGGAGUUAAACGUCAGCUUAAUCUCUGGAAAGGCCCAGUACAUAAAAAUCGUCUUGCAGAACAAAUCGUGUUUCCAAUAAAUGACAGAGAAAUCGUUAUGUCAGCCUCCCAAGAGGCUGCAAAAAUGAAAGAGCAAGUUUAUGUCAAGGAUACCAUAAAAGAUUUGACAAAUUUACAGGGGAAAUUAUAUAAUGCAUUGUAUAGAGAUAUGGACACAAGUACACCUCAGGAAGAAAUUCCAGAAAAGGCAGCGCAGAUGGUUUCCAAGAUGCUACUGGAAAAAGUCGCUAUGCGUGACAGAGAACGUUUCUUACUUGCUCGAGCUGCUGCUCGUAACAAGCGUCAAAAUAAAAUUAAAAGCAAGCGAUUUCAUCGUCACUUGAAGGCACGUACUAUGAAAGAAUAUGAAAAAGAAACGGAGUCAUUGCGGAUCAAUAAUCCUCGGAAAUUCGCUGAACGUCUUCUCAGUGCCGAAUUAAGUAGAGUCAGAGAAAGAGCCAGUCUGAAACAUAGAGGUGGUAGCAAGUUUGCAAAAUUACAGAAGUUGAGAGCAAAGUAUGACUCUGAGGCUAGAGCAGCUGUAGCAGACAUGCACGAGUUAUCUAGGGAGACCACAAGAAGGACUGAUCCCGACCUUCUAUCUGAUACUGAUGAAUCUGAUGUAUCUUUAUCAUCUGGAUCUGAGGGGGAAUCAGAAGGGUCUGAUUUUAAUUUAGACGAUGAUGCCGACGAGGAAGUUAAUGGAGUUACUCAAACCCUCGGCUGGUGGAAAAAGGGCUCAACCAAGAACAAAUCGAAGACCGAACAUCAGACAACUGUUGGAGCUGUGCUUUCCACUCAGGCAGCUGAAGAAGUACUAGAAAAAUAUGAAGUCAAUCAGAUGAUUUUAAGUGAACCAGUAGUGUGCAAUACUAGUGUGGCUGCAGAACCAGAUGUAGUUGAUCCCAAUUCAGAGGGGUUUUUCCAUGCACUUCAAGAAAGCUUUGCAAAUGAUCCUGCAUUACAACAGAAGUUUUCCGCAGAGAAAUCUGAAACUGUAAAAGAUGAGGCACCUCAAGAUAUUGAUACAUUUCUGCCUGGAUGGAAUUCCUGGACAGGUCCAGGAACUGAAAAGGCUGAUGAAAGAAAGCGGAGAUCCAGAAUUAUACCUGCUCCUAGAGUAAAACGUGAAGAUGACAAAAAACCUCACGUAAUCAUCAAACGGCGUGUAAACCAAGAUUUCAAGCAACACUUGGUAAAAACUAUUCCGUUCCCAUACAACACACCAGAACAAUUUGAAGCUUUUAUCUCUCAGCCUAUUUGUAGAGAAUGGACAACAGAACUUACACAUCGUGAGCUAACAAGGCCCAAAGUUACAGUUCAGUCAGGUCGUAUUAUCAGACCAAUAUCAAAGUCUGCAGCCUUACUACGUGAUAAAGAUAUAGAGCGUUUUGUUAAACAAAACAAAAACUCUUAGUAUCAUGUACAUUACUUAUCUUUUUAUGAGUUAUCAAUAUCUACAUUGUAAUAUGAAAUAUAACAUUCGUAGAUUGUUC